CUCUACUCUUUCCCUUUUGUGAAACAAGACGGUCAAGAUAAAGUUGAGAGUGUUCUUUAUUGUUUUCACUUGUUUAGAUUUUGAAAACAAGCCGAAAUCGCUAGUUGCAGCUUUAGAUUUGUAUCUUUGUCCGCUAAAUUCAUUUUUUUUCUUAAUUUGACGAAUCUAAUAUCUCAAGCAAAGCUGCCUCUUCAGCUUCACUGGCCAUUGUCCUUUGUCUUUUCUUGUUUCUUCUCAUUCAUUUUCUCCCCCUUUCUGGAUUUCUUUUAGAGAGCCACAAGAAGAAGACGAGGAAGAAGAAGAAUCAACCCAGCGAAUAGUAAAAAAGUCUUCAACUUUCGCAGUUGUAAUCUCAUUCCAAAACCUCAGAUGUCGAAGAACCCGUCUCUCGAAGAAGACGAUGAAGCUAUGCCAAUCUCCGAAGUAGUCAAGAGAUUCAAGCGUUUAAGGCUCGUAUUCGAGCCGUCACUGGGAGUCUUGGGUUUUUUCUUGGUGGGUUUGUGUUUAGUCUUCAGCUUCUUCUACCUCGACUACAGAACCGUGGCUAAAACCAAAAGUCACGGCUUUUCGGAUCAAUCGGAGAGGUUCCUUUGGCUCAAGGAGCUCGAUGCUGGGCCCGGAGAUAGCAACAACAACAUCAACACCGACGAAAACAGAGUUGAGUUUCUUGAAGAGAGUGGGAAUGGUUGUGAUGUGUUCGAUGGGAGAUGGGUUUGGGACGAAUCGUAUCCCUUGUAUCAGUCCAAAGAUUGCGCCUUUCUCGAUGAAGGAUUCAGAUGCACUGAGUUCGGGAGACCUGAUUAUUUCUACACCAAGUGGAGAUGGCAACCUACACAUUGUGUUCUGCCCAGGUUUGAUGCGAAGUUGAUGCUGGAGAAACUACGGAACAAGCGGCUUGUAUUUGUAGGAGACUCGAUUGGAAGAAACCAGUGGGAGUCUCUUCUUUGUCUGCUAUCUUCUGCAGUCGAUAACAAGGAUUCGAUAUACGAAGUGAACAAUAAAACCAUCACAAAGCACAUGGGCUUCUUCGUGUUCAUGUUUCAAGACUACAACUGCACAGUCGAAUACUAUAGAGCACCGUUUUUGGUUCUCCAAAGCCGUCCACCUAAAGGAUCACCAGAAAAGGUAAAGACGACUCUUAAGCUGGAGACGAUGGACUGGAGUGCCGACAAGUGGAUAGACGCGGAUAUUCUAGUGUUUAACACGGGUCAUUGGUGGAACUACGAGAAAACUAUCCGCGGAGGCUGUUACUUUCAGGUAGGAGAAAGAGUGAGGAUGAGAAUGAAGAUAGAGCAUGCGUAUAGACGAGCUAUGAAGACCGUUGUGAAAUGGAUACAAGAAGAGGUUGAUUCAAACAGAACACAAGUCUUCUUUCGCACAUUUGCCCCCGUGCAUUUCAGAGGAGGAGAUUGGAGAACAGGAGGGACAUGUCAUAUGGAGACAUUGCCUGAUUUUGGAGCCUCUCUGGUUCCAUUAGAGACAUGGGAACAUCUAAAGCUCCUUCAAGAGGUCGUGUCGUCUCCAUACUACUUGAAUAGAUCAGAGACGGUUAAGCUGAAGCUGUUGAAGAUAACGGCCAUGGCUGCUCAAAGAAACGAUGGUCACCCGUCACUGUACUACUUGGGCUCGGCUGGUCCUGCGCCAUUCCACAGGGAAGACUGCAGCCAUUGGUGUCUCCCUGGAGUUCCUGAUUCGUGGAAUGAGAUUCUUUUUGCACUGUUUCUUAAGCAUGAAGGUUAUACAAGAUCAAACAAUGGCGAUCCAGACAACUUUACGUAAACAUCUCUGGGUAAAACAGGUGUUGUUGCUGCUCUGUAGAGGCUUUUUCAGAGGUUUUUGAUUGGGUGAUUAGGUUAAUUGGGUGGGGGUUUGUAAUUACUAAUUAGGUUAAAGCGUCUUUGGUUGUAAAGAUAUAACUCAUUGCCUUCAAAGAUCUGAGUGUAUUCAUCAGUCCAGGAUUGAAUAUUUGAACCCUUUUUCUCAGGAAAAUAUCGGAAACUAAUAGGACUUUUAUUAUACAAAUCAAAGAAAAAUAGAACCAAAGGGAUUGGUAAGUGUAGCUCUCGAAGAACUUCAAUUCCUUAUAUCCAUAGUAUGUAAUCAACUAAACUAUACCAACAGAAAAGAAAUCGAAAGAUGAGAGCUAGCGAGUUAUUCAUAUAAAUCCAGCAAUCGGGACUGGUCUCAACGUGAAACGUGAUGGUGAUGGUGCUGAUGAUGAUGACGAUGAUGGUGAUGAUGGUAAGGACGAGAGACCUGGGCUUGACGAUUACGUUGAAUAUUUAGGAAAGUGCCAUAAGUGGCGGCACACGAGUCCUUCUUAGACUCUGAUACUUCUUGUGUGAGUUUGGCCGUUUCACCCUUUUCCACGUCAACUAGGAUCUUCUGGUUCUCGUCGUCAUCGGUGCAAACGACGAGGAUACAACAUGCCAGAAGCGAACUCACACAAACACAAACGAUGCCUAUGACAACAAUUAUAGUCUCCAUCUUUGUACGUUUCUGUGUUUUUCUUUGUCUUCCUCUGCGUCUAUUGUAAUAAGAUUGGAAAAACCUUUGAAGUGGAUUGGUAAAAGCCGAGAGGAAUUUUGCUAAAAUAGGCCUAGCCCAUUUUUGACCCAGCCCAUUUUUCUAAUAUAAUUUAGUUUUUAGGCCCAGCCCAUUGUUUACCCAGUAAGUAUAAGGAUCGUGUUCAAGAGAAGCCAGAGAGGUUUCGGAGCUCCGUUGGCAGUGUGUCGGCUUCGUCUGCCUCCUUCGAGCUCUCCUCCGUCAUCAGUUUUUUGUGAAUCGCCACUCUCUCUUUCUCUUCGUCGCCCUUCCGUUUCAAUGGCUGAUCUCGAUGCUCCUCAGAGUAAGUCAAGAGACCUCGACAAGCUUCUUCUCAGAGCUGGGAAUCUCGUCGGCCCCGACUUCUAUCCCGGAACCGAACUGAGAGACGACAUACGGGAUUAUGUGAGAAUCUUGGUGGUUGGUGCGGGUGGAUUGGGUUGUGAGCUCCUGAAGGACUUGGCUCUCUCAGGUUUUCGUAAUCUGGAUGUGAUCGACAUGGACCGCAUCGAGGUCACCAAUCUCAAUCGCCAGUUCCUCUUUAGGCUUGAAGACGUAGGAAAGCCUAAAGCAGAGGUAGCAGCAAAGCGUGUCAUGGAGAGAGUGAGCGGAGUGGAGAUUGUGCCGCAUUUUUCACGUAUAGAAGACAAAGAGCUCGACUUCUACAGCAAUUUUAGUAUCAUUGCCCUUGGUCUUGAUUCAAUCGAAGCUCGGAGAUACAUCAAUGGCGUGGCUUGCGGGUUUCUUGAGUAUGAAGAAGAUGAUACCCCGAGAAGAGAAACAAUCAAACCGAUGGUAGAUGGGGGAACUGAAGGAUUCAAGGGUCAUGCUAGAGUUAUCGUGCCUGGAGUUACACCCUGUUUUGAGUGCACAAUUUGGCUUUUCCCACCUCAAGUCAAGUUUCCUCUGUGCACUCUUGCAGAAACCCCAAGGAAUGCAGCUCAUUGCAUUGAGUAUGCUCAUCUAAUUAAGUGGCCUGAGGUUCAUGGUGGAAAAUCCUUUGAUCCUGAUGAACCAGAACAUAUGAAGUGGGUCUAUGAUGAGGCUGUUAAGAGAGCCGAGCUUUUUGGAAUUCCGGGUGUCACAUACUCCCUCACACAAGGUGUGGUUAAAAACAUUAUACCGGCGAUUGCAUCCACCAACGCAAUUAUAUCCGCAGCUUGUGCACUUGAAACCUUGAAGAUUGUAUCUGGAUGCAGCAAAACACUUGCAAAUUAUCUGACGUAUAACGGUGGAGAAGGUCUCCACACUAAAGUAACCGAGUUCGUGAGAGAUAAGGACUGUCUUGUAUGUGGUCCGGGCAUUCUGAUUGAGCUGGACACCUCAAUUACUUUGCAAAAGUUCAUCGACAUGCUUGAAGAACACCCGAAGCUUCUAUUGUCGAAAGCAAGUGUCAAACACGGGAAAGACAGCCUGUACAUGCAGGCGCCUCCGGUUCUAGAAGAGAUGCACAGACCAAACCUAAGCAAGCCGCUCUAUGACCUGAUGGGAAGAGUCCCGAAGGACACUGUCCAUGUGUUUGGCACAGCCCUCAAGAACGAAGAGAAACAGUCGAGCUUAACGAAACUAAGGGUUGUUUUCAAAGGAGCUGAUUGUGUUACAGACAUGGAUACAGCCAUUGGAGCAUGAACUCUGAGAGAGCAACAACCCUGCUCGCAGCUAGAUGAUAAUUGGACAGCUUUGACUUGUCCUGUUCUUAUUAUUGGUCUUUUUUGGUUCUGUCGUUAAUAGUAGCUGUGACACAAAUUAUUACUGCGUGAUGGAAAAAAAAAUUUGUUUUACUAUGAUUAUUCUUAACCUCGAAGAUGUGAACAAGUUGAUCUGGUCUCCGAGUUUGAGUUUUAGACAAUGAUAUUAUCAGGAUUCUGUGGUUCUCAAUUUCAAAUAUCGAUCCGUGUUUUUCAUAGAACUAACACAAAAUAGCACAGAAACAUUGCAUAAA